AUGGCGGCGAAUGUGCGUGAUGAAGUGGUGGAACCAGAAGCGCGAGGCUUCACAGCAUCUGAAUUUCAAAAUUUCUCUCGAAUGAUGGCGCAUUUUUCGAGUUUGCAAAAGCGAGACACCAGCGCUCUCGCUACAACUGCUCCUUUGACGACGCAAAAUUACCACUCAUGGUCGAAAUCGGUGAAGAUUUCGCUCAAAACAAAGAACAAGCUACGAUUCAUCGAUGGAUCAUUGCCAAAGCCAGAAGAAAACGAUCACACGUUUGAAGCUUGGGAUCGAUGCAAUUCCUUGGUCCUCUCAUGGCUACAUGGAUCGCUAAGUCCUGAGAUUCUUCACAGCGUCCUCUGGUGCGACAAUGCAUGUGAACUCUGGAGAGACCUCAAGCACCGCUUCUACGAGGGAGACCUCUUCAGAAUUGCUGAUCUUCAAGAAGAUUUGUUCACUGCAAAACAAGGUGAAUUAUCCAUUACCUCUUAUUUCACUAGGUUGAAAAGUAUUUGGGAAGCACUGGAGGAAAUUAAACCUAUUCCAAAUUGUAAGUGUUCGAAAGAGUGCAUAUGUGGACUAGGAGUAAUUAGAGAAUAUAGAUCUCAAACACAUGUAAUAUGCUUUCUUAGAGGGCUCAAUGAACAAUAUGCUGGUGUAAAGUCACAAGUGAUGCUGAUGAAACCUUUCCUCGAUAUUGCCGUAGCAUUCUUUAUGCUUUUGCAACAAGAAAGGCAAAUGUCACAUACGACAGACCUAGAACCAAGAGCAAUAAUAAAUAACAUUGGCACCGAUGCUAAUGCAAAUGCCUUUGACACUUAUCAAAGGAACAAUGGUAACUAUAAUGGAGCCAAUGCGGGAUCGAAUAAUAGAGGAAGAGGGAGAGGGCGUAGAGGCAGAGAAAGAGGUCGAAGCACUCCAAAAUUAUGCUCACACUGUGGCAAAUCAGGUCACCUAGUGGACACAUGCUAUCACAAGCAUGGCUUCCCGCCACAUAUGCAGAACAAUAAAAGCAAGAGCAAGUCUAAUGGCUUCACUGCCAACAUGAUUGCUAUGAACACUGAAGACAGCAACAAUUCUAACCAUAAGGAAGAGAAUGUUAAUUUUCAUGGAUUGCUUUCUGAGAAGCAACAAGAGGCCAUUAUGGCCUUAAUUCAAAAGCAUUAA